AUGUCGACAAAACCCCCUUCUCGUGUUGUUUUUGUCGGCAACAUUCCCUAUGGUCUGUCCGAAGAGCAGAUCAGCGAUAUUUUCAGUACGGCUGGAAAGGUUAUCAACUUUCGGCUAGUCUACGACCGUGAAACCGGUCGUCCGAAAGGCUUCGGCUUCGCAGAAUAUCCCGACGCCGACUCCGCGGCGUCAGCGGUCCGAAACCUAAACGAUUACGAGAUCAUGGGUCGCAAACUACGAGUCGAUUAUAGUACUGAGGGUCGUGUCGACGGCGAUGAUUCUGGCAACAACAAUAGCAAUAAUGCUUCGGCAUACAACAGCCAGCCGCAGAACGGAACGUCGCACACCACCUCCCUGCCCGCACCCGCAGGAUCGCUCCCUCCCCUCCCGCCGGGAAAAGAGCUGCCCCCGGGGGUCAGCGCCAUCGAUGCCAUCUCGCGAACCCUAAACACCCUGCCUCCGAGCCAGCUCCUCGAUAUUCUCUCGCAGAUGAAGUCGCUCGCAACGAACGAUGCCUCUCGCGCGACAGAGCUUCUAUCGCAGGCCCCGCAGCUGUCGUACGCCAUCUUCCAGGCGCUGCUCCUGAUGGGCCUCGUCUCUCCCGACGCGAUCCAUUCCGUCGUCGACAAUCCUGCGGCCCCUCCGCCGGUGGUGCAGGCCGCGACCAACUACGCGGGGGCCACCACCGUUACGCCGCCAGUCGCCGCCCCGUACGCGCCUCCGUCUACUUCGGCCCCUCCCGCCACGACGGCCGCUACCCCGGCCGCGCAGCAAGAUCCGGACUCUCUGAUGCAGGCGGUUAUGAACUUGCCGCAGGAGACCAUCGACCAGCUGCCCGAGGCUGAGCGCCACCAGAUCAUGGCCCUGAAGGCGAGCUUCCUAAGCCAGCGGCGUUGA